GGAAGGUGUUGCUGCUGCGCACUUGGAGGAUUUAUACGGUGCUUAUUGUUACAGGAGAUAUGAAGUCCCCAAAAGUAAAGAGAGCAGCCAGAGCUGCCUUUAUUGAAGAUGAUGACUUGAAUGAUGUGCUGUGCGAAUUUGAUGCGGUCAUAGCCGAUUUCUCUUCCCCUUUCAACAAAAGGCGCUUUCGCUAUGAUGAACACCUCCAGACUAUGAAGAGGAGGAGCACAGCUAGCAUCAGUGACAGUGGCAUCAGCGACUCAGAAAGUGCCGACUCUCUUUGUAGAAACAGUUUUAGCUUCAGUGAUGAAAAGUUGAAUUCUCCUACACUUUCUUCACCAACCCUGUCCUCUCCAGUGGAGACCCCUCACAAAGCAAAACUGGGAGAUACAAAAGAGUUGGAGGACUUUAUUGCUGAUCUUGACAGAACACUAGCAAGCAUGUGAUUAUGAUGUGGCCUCAGUGAUAUGUGCUGUGACACCGAAGCCUCUAAACUCCAUUGAAGUAAAUACUGUCAGAAGCACCCUUACCAUCUGAAGGAAACAUCCCAGCUCACCGCUUCUUUUCUGACUCUGUCCUGACUGCAUGAGUGAGAAGCAGCUGAUACACAUUUUAAUACUUUAAAGAUACAGUUGUGCUGUAUUAUUUUUUACUUUAAAAUUGCUCAAAUGUAAUUUAAAAUUCUUUUUAUGGAUAUAUUGUGUUAUGUUCUAUAGUUAUAUAAUGAAACUUUUCCAUUAUAAUAUAUUUUUGUAAAUAAAUAAAUAAAUAAAA